AGCGUUGUCAGCAGAGAACGAUCAUGAGAGAAAUAAACAGGAUUAUGACCAUUUCGGAAGUUUAUUUUUUUCUUUUCUCUUUCCCCCCGCUGAUAAAUAGAGACGUCUCUGCGCAGCCUAUCAGACUCAGAGAUGAAAUACGCAUCCAGAUGAAACGGCGCCAGUCUUUUCUCUAAUCCUCGUCCAUCCUUUUUAUCUCGGGACUCACAGCAGCCUGAUCACUAUGGGACAGCGAAGCGGGGGGACAACGCCAUGCGGAAGACGGUCCCGUAAGUGAGAGGAAAUAGCUGCUCUCUUUGACUUCAGCAGGCGCAAAACUGCACGCAUGUAGGCAAAUUAACGUAUGCGUAAAAGCGGGCCAAAAUGUUCUCCGUCCUGCUGCUGGGGCUCGGUGUGGCCACAUUUGAACUUUUCUCCCCAGUGAGCUCCUGCCCAUCACAGUGCAGCUGCUUUUAUCACAACCUGAGUGAUGGAUCCAAAGCCAGGAGCGUGAUAUGCAACGAUCCCGACAUAUCUCUGGUGCCUGUCGGAUUUCCGGUUGACACAUCCAAACUGCGGAUUGAGAAGACUUCUAUUCAGCUGAUUCCAAGUGAGGCUUUCUUCUACCUCUCCAGUCUGGAGUUUCUGUGGAUGUCCUUCAACACCCUGUCCGCUCUCAGCCAGGACAGUUUCCGGGGAUUGUUCAACCUGGAAGAGCUUCGUCUGGACGGCAAUGCCCUCAUUGCCUUUCCCUGGGAAUCUCUAAUGGAUAUGCCCAGCCUCAGACUUCUUGAUUUGCACAACAACCAGCUCACCUCGCUACCCGCGGAGGCCACCAUCUACAUCAGAAACCUCACCUACCUGGAUCUGUCCAGCAACAGCCUGCUGACCCUUCCCACAGAGGUGCUGUCCACCUGGCUGGCUGUGAAACCCUCUCAAGGACCAGAGAGCUCCAAGAUGAUACUUGGUCUCCAUGACAACCCCUGGGUGUGUGACUGCCGGCUUUACGAUCUGGUCCAGUUCCAGAAGUCCCCCACUCUCUCUGUGGCGUUCAUUGAUACGAGACUGCGCUGUUCGGCCCCUGAAAGCUUGUCAGGGGUCUUGUUCAGCGAUGCGGAGCUCCGGCAGUGCCAGCUUCCCCGUAUCCACACAGCAGUGGCACGAGUACGAAGUGCAGUUGGAAACAACGUGCUGCUCCGCUGUGGGACCAUUGGGGUCCCCAUCCCAGACUUGACAUGGCGCAGGGCAGAUGGACGACUACUUAAUGGAACAGUCCAACAGGAAACAUCUAAGGAGGGAAUCACCUGGUCCAUCCUCAGCGUCCCGGCUGUUUCCCAUCGUGAUUCAGGAAAAUUCAUCUGCAAGGCGACCAACUAUGCUGGGAAUGCUGAGGCUGUUAUUUCACUCGUCGUCUCUAACACAGCAAAAUCAGAAGGGAACCAAACCACCAAUGACAAAAAGGUUAAAGCCAAGAAACCAAAUCAAAUGGGCAAAGCUGCCUACCAGGAGAAAUUAGUAGCCAGAUAUUUAGUUCCAACCUCCACCCCUUCAUCUUUACCAGCCAUGGACUCUGACCUAUUUCCUGAUCUUGGUCCUGAGCUCGGACUAGUCAGUGACAGUCUGACAGACAAAGCCACUCAAGAGGCUGUCGCCUCCUCCAACUCAGAUGCACUGCUGGAUCUGGAAAAGACAAACCUUAGCAACCUAGCGGCUAACACGUCCUCCCUGCAGCAGGACCCUGACCGGGUGGUCCGCUCAGUGAAGGUGGUGGGAGACACAGACAAUACCAUCUCUCUGAACUGGAGAGCUCCUAAUGCCAAGAACACGACAGCGUUCAGUGUGCUGUAUGCCGUGUUCGGAGAAAGGGACAUGAGAAAGAUCAACGUCAGAGCAGGGCAGAACCGUGUGACCAUCGAUGGCUUGGUGCCCAGGACCAAGUACAUUGCCUGCGUGUGUGUGAAAGGGCUGAUUCCCAAGAAAGAACAGUGUGUGAUAUUUUCCACUGAUGAAGCAGCGAGUGCUACUGGCACCCAGAAGCUGAUUAACGUGAUUGUGAUUACUGUGGCCUGUGUCAUUGCCGUCCCGCUCACUGUCAUUGUGUGCUGUGGGGCUUUGAAGAGACGCAUCAAAAAGUAUUGGGGAAAGAAAUCAAAGGACAUCCAAGAUUCAUAUGUGACAUUUGAAACGCUUUCUCCUGGCACGAAGGCCAAGGGGCUGGAAGGUGAGUAUCUGAACAGACUGAACCCAGAGGAGUCCAACAGGCUGCUUUCAGCUCGCUCCAGCCUGGACUCGGAGUCCACAGCCAAGAUAGAGGGACAGCCUAACGAGUACUUCUGCUGACGUCAUGCUCCAGCUCUGGCUCCUGCUCCACGUCACUGCCCUCGUGCUCAUUCCCCUGCACGCCCUAAUCCAAAGCCCAAUACUCAUUCACAUUCCCAUCACCACCCGCAUUCCAAUCCGCAUCCUAAUCUGCAUCCGCACGCCCAUCACCACCCGUAUGCUCAUGCCGUGCAGCGUCCUGACAUCAAUCUCCCGCCCACACAUUCCCACACCCACGCACCGUGGGAUUCCCCUCCACCACUUCCCCCUCGCUGGAUAGUGCCACCAACUCCACCACCACAGAGGGCCAACUUCUAUCAAAGGACUUUUGCACGCUGCACAAUAAUGGAGAUAUCAGUUUAAAGAAAUGAUGUAGACCUUGAAUACUUCAUAGUUUUUGCAGAUUGAAUGGUUGUGCGUCCAUCCAUGAGUAGGUCUUGCUUUUGUGUGUAUGAGAAUGUUUGUAUCACUAAGCCUGUAAGAGAAAAGAAUCUGUCAGAGCAAACAUCGUAGAUUAAAUUUUAUGUCACUUGCACGAACCAGCAAAAAAAUAACCUAACCUAACCUGCUUUAAAGGGAAUGCAAUGGUCAAAACCCCAUUGUUUAUAUAAUAUGUGUAUGUGUAUGGUUUGUAAAUACCGACUGGGUGAUGUACACUUACAUAUACAGUUAAUUCUGUGCCUCUGUAUAUAUCUGUCAUACGUUCAGAGAAGAUAUACACAUAGGCAUGGCUCAAGACUGGUGAUUGGAGAGAAGCUGGAGCUGGAAAGAAGUACAGAAAGGACUGAAUUAUGACAUCAUGUAAAUAAGGUGGAAAUGAUGCAAAAAUGAAACGUUAAAAUUUAUUUUCUCCUAGCAUUAAAAACAUUUGUGCACCAGUUUUACGUCAGAAGCACCACCAUCUAAUGUAGAGCUGUGCAUUCCAACCGAAUCACACACAUGAAAAUAAACUUUUGUAGAUAUUU